UGAGAAGGCAAAAAAAAACCGUAGAAGAUGUGUUGAAAUUAAAUUUGCAUAUCCCAGAUGGUCGAAAAGAUGCCAGUUUCUUUUCCCCCUUUUGUUUCCUCUAUCCUGUUGAUGGUACUAAUGUGAAGUGCCUUUAUGUUUGGUUGACGAGAAAAUAAGGGAAAAGAAAGAAGAUGUUAGUUCUUUCUGGAAACAGCACAAACAGCACAAAAGUUCCCUUGUAAUAAAUGUGCAGGCAGUGAAUUUCUCUAUGUUCAAUUUCCGUGAAAGGAAAGGAAAUUAUGGGAUUUUAGAACAAAAGACUAUGUGUGAAGAGAAUGAAUAUGAACAACAGAACGAAGAAAAAGAAGGUGAAGGUGAUGAGAUGGAUGGUAUAGCCGAGAAAGUACAGUGCGUAAGCCUCCUGAGGCCAAAAACAAGUAAAAAAGGUGAAAAACUCUCCUUGGCAAAGUAUGGUUUGUGGAGACGAGAACAAAAGACUCAUGCAGCAAGACUGCAGAAACAACUUAAGGCACAGUGGGAAUUUGAGCAGCUAAUCGAGGAACAAUUGAAUAGGUUCCGUGCUAAUUACAACUGUGACAUGGUCCCAACCAGGCUCAAGGAUGUUGCCCAAUCCCUCAUGCCUAAAUGGGCCCUACCCCAUGAACUUGCUGCCCUUGCCUGGCUUGGGGAUUGGCGGCCCUCUGCCAUUCUGGACCUCCUUCGUGGCCUGGUGCACUCCCCGUCAACCUUAAAGGGUUCAAAUGACAUGGAAAGGCUCCUUUCUCAGGUUAUGAAUGAAAUACGAAUUGAGGAGGCAGUAAUCGAUGAGGAAAUGGCUGAGAUUCAAGCCACAUGUAUCUUUCACCUUUCUUUUGCUCCUCUCAACAAACAUCUAUCACGUAGCGCUGCAAUGACUUGUGUUCAAGCUGAGUUCAAGAAGAUUGAGAGAGUCAUCACUAAGGCCCAACAACUCAGGCUUAAGGCAUUGGAGUUGCUGGUAAAGAAGGUGUUAAGCCAAACUGAUGCAGCAGAGUUCUUAGUGGCAUUUGUAGGAAUUCAAGAUUUAAUCCAUCAGUUUGCAACAAGACAGAAGUUACCGAAGUGUCCAGGCACUGCACCUGGUACGAUCUUUUUGCAUAGUUAAGAGCAUAGGAGACAUGGGAAAUGUGCUUUAAAGCCAAGAAUCAGUAUGCAAGAGAAUCUAUAUCAAGCAGUGUCGUGUAGAUUAGUGGAAAUUACACACAUCAUCACGACAAUAUUUCACUUUCUUGUUAGCAGUUGUAAUAUGUAGUUUUAGCACCCGAAACUGCAAGAUAAAAACCUGUAGAUACCAUUUUGUCGUUCAUGCUUAAUGCAAAAGGAAUCAACAACAGAAUUACAUUUU